AUGUCCAUAGGGCGUUCAAAGAGUUUCCACCAAGGACAUAUGGUAUUGUAUUCCAUGACACCUCAAUGUAAGCCGCACGAGUUCAGUGAUUUGCCGAUUCGACAUAUGCUUCAUCGGGUGAGAUACUUAUUGACUAUGAUUCUCCGGCAACAAUCUCUGGGGAGCACUCAAGAUAACCAAAAAAUCGGCAUAUACAAACACGAUUCACUAGAAGUCAAUAUCCCCAAAUGUAGGAGCUCCAAGUUGUUGUAUAGAUGGGAAAGCCAACUAGCUUACACUACCGCAGCACAGGGAGUGAUGAAGGACUUAAGUUCUCGUUUUGUCCUGUUGAGGAGGGCAGCUGUCUCUAAGGGUUUACCAUCGGACAGACUGGACGAGCUUGAGCAAUUAACCUAUCAAGUUGUUUUGGACGAACUGCUUAUUAGAACAGGAAAAUCAGUUGAAACACUCCAAAGUGUAAGAAUCAGUCAAUGGGGAGUGCAAAUACAGUUUGUGGAUGAGACUGGUGAAGGGACUUUGUCAUCGGAUAUGUCAGUCUAUGCCAAAACUGAGACAGGAGAUAUUUAUCAUGUCCAGCGCCAAGGACAGGUCCAUGUUCCUUAUGGAUGUGGGAGUUUGAUAUUCAGUGUCCCGGCCGACUUCGAAAAGCAAUUAUCAGCACAUUAUCCAACUGAUUUAUCUGAAGGAGAAUGA